GUUAUACCUUCAUUUUUUCGAUUUGCGUUGAGAAAAUGGUUCAAUUGCAUUGCAUGCCUGUUACCCCCUUCUUUCUUUCAACUACCAUCAUCUCCAUUCAACAUUGAAGCAUACUCACUGGCUACCGUGACGGCCACGGCCUCCUCACCGUCUGUACGCUCUCACCAAAGGAGCGUCCCUGCCUCCUCGUAACCGUUGACGCCAAAAGAUGCCCUGUAAUGCAAUGUACAAAAUCCAGCACACCACGAGGUGCGCGAGGCUCUAGACCGAUUUGGGUAUCAGAUCCGGAGAUUGUGAUAAAGAAUUACUCGCCAUGAAGGUAUGCAUUAUUGGAGCCGGUAUGGGCGGUUUGGCUGCAUCUAUUGCGCUGCAGCAGGACGGUCACCAAACUGUUGUCUAUGAGCGGGUCUCCGACCUUCGACCCGUUGGUGCAGCUAUCUCAGUAUGGUGUAACGGCGUCAAGGUUCUGGCACGGCUUGGUCUACUCAAGGAAGUGGAAAGGGUGUCUGGUCAGAUGAACAGAAUGAGCUAUCGGAAGUGGGAUACUGGUGAGGUGUACUGCGAUUUCAGCUUGCUGCCCCUGUACGAGGAGGUAAAACAACGGGCAUACCCUAUCGCGCGAGCUGAGCUGCAACGGAUGCUUCUCGAUGCCAAUGCGCCUGCACCUAUCCACCUCCAGAAGCGCGCCGUAUCCUACUCGACUUCUCAGGACGGCAUCACGGUGUCUUUUGAAGACGGAACGAUAGAGACAGCCGACUUUGUCGUUAUCGCCGACGGAACGCAUUCCAAGCUGCGCAACCAGAUCACCAAGGCAGAGAUCCAGAGAGAUUAUGUCGGAUACGUGAACUGGAAUGGGCCUAUCGAGAUGAAAGAAUUCGAGGGACUGAUAUCAAGCGAUAAUUGGACGCAGUUUGUAGGCGAGGGUAAACGAGUGUCGUUCAUGCCUAUGUCAGCAACACAUUACUACUUCUUCUUAGACGUACCUCUUCCUCUAUCCUCCGCGCCCAAACGGCCAGAAGAAUACCGCGCUUCUCUCACGAAACAUUUUGGACAUUGGCAUCCAACUGUCCAGAAACUUGUUGAGAGGCUAGACCCUUCUAAAGUGGCGCGAGUGGAAAUACACGACACCAAGACGCUUCCCACGCUCGUCGACCUCGAAUCGGGGCGUGCAUUACUCAUCGGCGACGCUGCGCAUGCUACCUGUCCGGAUCUAGGACAAGGAGGCUGUCAGGCGUUUGAAGACGCGUUCGUUCUCCAGCAGCUGUUCCGCGAGCACCGGGUAUCUCCUGCAUCCGCAUCGGCGAAACCAGAUGUUGAGGUCCUUCGUGCUGUGCUGCGGGAUUUCCAAGAUCAACGAGGGGAGCGCACGGCAGAGCUUGUUUUGCGUGCGAGGAAGCGGUCUGGGGUGACACACCAGCUGGGCGAACCGCAGGAGACAUUGGACUGGUAUGAGGAGCUGAAGACGGAGGACGGGACGGGAAUCAUGCGGGGGAUGAUCAAGACUAUUCUUGGUGCGCCAGCGCAGUUGGACCAUUAAAAUUAAUGGAAUGUAUUGCUUUGUAGAGAGGAAAAAUAUACAUUAG